AAAAAAAAAUCAGUCAUGGCGGAUCCGAGGCUCGAGAAGGACGUGUCAAACGGUGUAGGAGAUGAGCAUGCCGAAUCGAAAGAGCAUGUUUACCUUGAAGAAACAUUCUACAUUCUUUCGAAAAAAAAUUCAGUGUUUCGCGUCCAACUUACGUCCAAAGGGUUAACGUUAACAAAGGAAACAGAUGGGAACUCGAAAGAGCAAACGAUUCUGCUGCGCGACAUCGUCGGCAGCAAGUGUAUGAGGAGCAAAAGACGACGACCAGGAGCAGGAUCCUGCGUGUGCAGUUUCGUUAGCCAGCAGCAGCUCAAGGUCGUCGAGGAAAACAGCGGUGACCUCGACGAGAACGAUAUCAGCGCGUACCUGUACAUCUACGCCUAUAUUUUGAAACGGAGCCGCCGCACUAUGAAAAGGGAGAGAACAACAAUAACGUUGCGGUUCAGAUCGUUUGAUAAGUACGAAGAUAAUAACAAAGAGGCGCAGAAGUGGAGAUCGACAAUAAAGUGUCUGAUAGCGGGUCAGCCGAUCACUUACGUUCCGCCCGCGAAUGAUAAGAAGCUGCUGAUAUUGUUGAACCCUAAAUCGGGGCCGGGGAAAGCGCGGGAGCUGUUUCAGACGAAAGUGGCACCUAUUCUGCAGGAGGGAGAGAUUCCGUACGAUCUCCACGUGACUAAAUACGCCCAGUAUGCCCGGGAGUUCGUCCGUACGAGGAAUGUGUAUGGUUGGCGCGGGAUCGUGGCGGUGGGCGGCGAUGGAGUGCUGUUCGAAAUCCUGAAUGGAAUGUUCGAGAGGCUGGACUGGCAGCAGGCUUUGGCUGAAGUGCCACUCGCGAUCCUGCCUUGCGGCUCUGGCAAUGGACUGGCCAGGACUAUUUGCCAUUUAUACAACGAGCCGUACAUCCCUCAGAACCUGACCGGGAUGGCCAUGGCCCUGUCCCGAGGGAAAUCGGCGCCUAUGGACGUCGUUCGAGUAGAAACUAAGACACAAAUUAUGUUCUCCUUCCUAUCGGUCGGGUGGGGCUUUCUAUCGGACAUCGACAUCGAGAGCGAGCGGUUACGAGCCAUCGGCGGGCAGAGGUUCGCGCUCUGGGCGCUCGCCAGGAUCGUAGGGCUCCGGCGGUACAAAGGCACAGUCAGCUACGCGCUCAUCAAAGACAUCAGUAACCUUCCCAAGCCUAAACAGCCCCUAGUCCUCAGCCACAGUGUCAGUCAGGACGGAGCGUUAGAUUCGCCCGACGCAGAAGCCUUCAUCGAUUGCGACGAGCAGGACUCCGUCUGGACGACCUCCGCGGGCGGACCGGGCCGACACCAACGCGUGGACUCCUGGUACUCCGUCAACUCCCGCCGCAGCGCGUUCUACAGCACGCGAGGCUCCGAGUACCACAGCGUGACGAGCGCCGGCUCCGAGAUGCGCUCGCCCGUGCACGCGUGCAUGCACGGCCCCGCGCCGCACCUGCCGGCGCUCAUGUCCCAGCUCCCCACACACUGGACGCACGAACAGGGAGAAUUCGUCAUGGUGCACGUCUCCUACCAAGCGUACAUCGGUGAAGACCUACUCUUCGCGCCGCGUUCGCAGCUCUCGGACGGAGUGAUGUGGAUGCUCAUCAUCAAAGCCGGUAUAUCUCGAUCCCAGCUCCUCUCGUUUCUGCUGGGCAUCAACAAUGGGAAUCACGCGGAGAGUAACAACGAGUACAUAAAGCUGAUCCCGGUGAGUGCGUUUCGAAUUGUACCGGAAGGGCCGGGCGGCACGCUGACGGUGGACGGCGAGCUGGUCGAGUACGGGCCCAUCCAGGCCGAGGUGUUCCCCAACAUAGUCAACCUCCUCGUCCCCGACCUCAAAUAACACCACGAGUAUUAGCUACUUACCUAAGCGAAUUGAAAAUGACUGAUUUUAGUUACCUAAACUACUUAACCGAGCCGC